AUGAAAGAUGAGUUGAAUGGCCUUAAAACAAAGAUUUUGAGAGAACAACCAUGUGCAUAUUAUGUUCAUUGUUUUGCUCAUCAACUUCAACUAGUACUUGUUGCCGUGGCAAAGAAGAAUAUUGAUAUUGCCUCUUUCGUCACAACCACUAAUAGUGUGGUUAACCAUGUUGGAGUAUCUUGUAAGCGGCGUGAUGCACUUAGAGCGCAACUCCAAGAAGAGCUUGUGAUAGCUUUUGACAAUGAUUGUCUCAUAACAGGGCGAGCAAAUAAGAUUCAAAGAGAAAUGCUUACUUUUGAGUUUGUGUUUCACAUAUUCUUAAUGAAAGCUAUAUUGGGACUCACAAAUGAUGCGUCACAAGCAUUGCAAAAGAAAGAUCAAGAAAUUGUGAAUGCAAUGGCUUUAGUGAAAUCAUGCAAGGAAAAGCUACAUUGGAUGAGGAAUAAUGGGUUUGAUGUAUUGGUUGAUGAGGUAUCUUUAUUUUGUGACAUGGAUGAGGCAUUCAUAGUUCCAGGGAGGUCAAGGUGUAAUGUUCCAAUAAAGACAAAUCGUCAUCAUUGUCGUGUGGAGCUCUUUAUUUAUGUCAUUGAUGAGCAAAUUACGGAGUUAUAUGAUCGUUUUAAUAAGUUUUACAUAUUGCAAUUGCUUAAGUCGAGGGCAUUUUCCGUCAUGAAUAUUAUCAAGGGUCCACUUCGGAACAAAUGGGAGAUCAAUGGUUGA